UCGUUACCCCCUUAUCCUUCUUUUUCGUUUUUCCAUAGAACUUUUCAAUAUAUCAUUCCGUGUUCAUUAUGUUUGUUUUCUGCUUUGCGCGAGGGAGGGCAUCUUCGCCAGUCUGGGUCACCGAUGCAGCUCGAGCAUCUAGCAGUGUAGGGCACGCCGCAGGAGCUCGACAGGACGUACUGUUCGGAGGCCCCGGGCCGGAGAGAGAGCGGUCAAGGUAAGGAGGAAGUGACCGGUCUCCUGGGGCCUCGGAGGGGGGAAGCCCCAGCUGGGGAUCUGCAGGUAAGGAGCCGCACCUCCCAGCGUCCCAGUCUCCCGGCCGGAUGCGCAGCCCCGCGCGUGCGCCGGGUGCCCGGAUCAAGGCGCCCGCCCGAUUGGCUGCGGCCAGUGACUAGAAGCGGCGUUGCGCGUGCGCGCUCCUUCCCCGCAGUCUUGAGGCGUGGUUUUGCUCUUAAGCCUCCGCUGUUUCCGCGGCAGCUCCACCUUCACCUGUAGAGUGCUCGUUCCCGUUGCUCGGAAUGUUCCCGGAACUCAAUAACCUUCUCAACACCACCCCUGACCAGGCGGAGCAGGGGAAACUGACUCUACUCUGUGAUGCCAAGACAGAUGGCAGCUUCCUUGUGCACCAUUUUCUCUCCUUCUAUCUCAAAGCUAAUUGUAAAGUCUGCUUUGUGGCACUCAUCCAGUCCUUCAGUCACUACAAUAUCGUGGGACAGAAGCUGGGUGUCAGCCUGACCACAGCGCGGGAAUGCGGGCAGCUCGUGUUCCUCGAGGGUCUCAAGUCCGCGGUGGACGUCUUCUUUCGGCCUCAGGAGGAGCCACACCCCCUGCAGUUCCUCAGGGAGGCCAACUCUGGGAACCUGCAGCCACUGUAUGAGUUUGUGCAGGAGGCCCUGAAGCCCAUGGACAGUGGAGAGGUGGCCUGGAGGUGCCCGGUGCUGCUGGUGGACGACCUCAGUGUGCUGCUAAGCCUGGGCGUGGGGGCAGUGGCGGUGCUGGACUUCGUCCACUACUGCAGAGCCACUGUGUGCCGGGAAUGGAAGGGAAAUGUAGUGGCCCUUGUGCACGACAGUGGAGAUGCCGAGGACGAGGAGAAUGACAUCCUGCUGAAUGGCCUUGCUCACCAGAGCCACCUGAUACUUCGGGCUGAAGGCCUGGCCACUGGCUUCUGCAAGGACGUGCAUGGGCAGCUGAGGAUCCUGUGGAGGAGACCAUCACAGCCCACAGCCCAGCGUGAUCGGAGCCUCACUUACCAGUACAAGAUACAGGACAAGAAUGUGUCCUUUUUUGCCAAAGGAAUGUCUCCUGCUGUUCUGUGACCUGAUUUAGGGGCAGCUGAAGCUACCUUGGACUACUUUUAGUUGUGAAAGAUAAAGCAACUGAGCAGAAAUGGAUCUUUACACCUUUGUUGUGGACUGGCAGUUCCACUGUGACCCAGGGAUGGUGGAAUGGUGCUGUGAUGGUUUGCCUUUGUUGCCCUGGGCCCUGUUUAGAAAACACAUGAGGAAAACACAUGAGGAAAAAAACACAUGUGUUUAGAAAACACAUGUUGAACUGGGUAAAAUGGGUCCUUUGGAGCCUUCCUUGUAAACACGCUUUAGCCCCACUGCCCAUU